CUUGUUCUGUAGCACAGCAGCAAAGCGCAACACCUCACUGCUCGUUGGGUGUUUAGUCGCUACUUUGGCUGUCCCAACGAGGCACCGGCCUCGUGUCCGAGCGGCCACAGUCGUUGGGAAGCGUUUGAGAAAUGUGUCAUCCGCGUGUGGAGGAGGCGAGAGUCUGCAGCUUUGACCAAACAGAUAAACCAUCAUGAUUCCCAUCACAGAGCUCCGGUAUUUUGCUGACACUCAGCCUGCGUACCGCAUCCUGAAGCCAUGGUGGGACGUUUUCACCGACUACAUCUCAAUCAUCAUGCUGAUGAUUGCAGUGUUCGGUGGGACGCUGCAGGUAACGCAGGACAAGAUGAUCUGCCUGCCCUGCAAGUGGAUUGUAAACAAACAAUGCAAGAUCAUGCCGCUCCCCAAUACGACUGCCCCUUAUGCGCCCGAGCCCAAAGGCAUCCAGUACGACCUUGACCGACACCAGUACAACUACGUAGAUGCUGUCUGCUAUGAGAACAAACUCCACUGGUUUGCCAAAUAUUUCCCCUAUCUGGUUUUACUGCACACCCUCAUCUUCCUGGCGUGCAGCAACUUCUGGUUCAAGUUCCCCCGCACGAGCUCUAAACUGGAGCACUUUGUCUCCAUCCUCCUCAAGUGCUUCGACUCCCCAUGGACAACGAGGGCUUUGUCCGAGACCGUGGUGGAGGAGAGUGACCCCAAACCGGUGGGGAAAAUGAACGGCUCGACGGAUAAGAAAACGUCUAGCGUGAGCGAAGACGUUGAAGCGAGUGUGCCCAUGCUUCAACGGACCAAGUCUAGAAUAGAGCAGGGGAUCGUGGACCGCUCAGAUACCGGGGUUUUAGACAAAAAAGAAGGGGAGCAAGCCAAGGCGCUUUUUGAGAAGGUGAAAAAAUUUAGGAUACAUGUGGAGGAGGGCGACAUCGUGUACCGCCUCUACAUACGUCAGACGAUUAUCAAGGUUAUCAAGUUUAUACUCAUUAUUAGUUACACCGCCUACUAUGUCCAGCACAUUAGGUUCAAUGUAGAUUGUGCAGUGAACAUUGAAAAACUCACAGGGUACAGCAUGUUCCAUUGUGCUCACCCCUUGGCAACUCUUUUUAGGAUACUGGCCUGUUUCUACAUCAGCUUGGUUGUAGUUUAUGGACUCAUCUGCAUGUACACGCUCUGCUGGAUGCUCAGCCGCUCCCUUAAGCGAUACUCUUUCGAGUCCAUCCGUGAGGAAAGCAGCUACAGUGACAUUCCAGACUUGAAGAACGACUUUGCCUUCAUGCUACACAUGAUUGACCAGUAUGACCCGCUCUACUCCAAGCGCUUCGCUGUGUUUCUGUCUGAAGUUAGCGAGAACAAGCUGAGGCAGCUGAACCUCAACAAUGAGUGGACGUUAGAGAAGCUUAGACAGCGAAUCACCAAGAACUCUCAAGAUAAGCUGGAGCUACACCUCUUUAUGCUCAGCGGCAUCCCAGAUACGGUUUUCGAUUUGAUUGAACUUGAGGUGCUCAAGCUGGAGCUCAUCGCAGACGUAACAAUUCCCCCAAUCAUCGCCCAGCUUUCCAGUUUGAAGGAGAUGUGGCUCUAUCACACACCUGCAAAAAUUGAGGCUCCGGCAUUGGCUUUCCUGAGGGAAAACCUGAAAUCUCUCCAUAUCAAGUUCACUGAUAUCAAGGAGAUCCCACUGUGGAUCUACAGCUUGAAAAACCUUAGGGAACUGCACCUAACUGGAAACCUGAGUGCUGACAACAAUCGUUUCAUUAUCAUCGAUGGGCUCAGAGAGCUCAAAAGUCUAAAAGUCCUGCGUCUGAAAAGCAAUCUGACCAAGCUUCCCCAGGUAGUAACCGAUGUAGGUGUGCACCUUCAGAAGCUUUCCAUCAAUAAUGAAGGUACCAAGCUUAUGGUACUCAACAGCCUGAAGAAAAUGGUCAACCUGACAGAGCUUGAGCUUGUACGCUGUGACCUUGAACGUAUCCCACAUUCCAUCUUUAGUUUGCACAACCUGCAGGAGAUCGACCUAAAGGACAACAAUCUGAAGACCAUCGAGGAGAUCAUCAGCUUCCAGCAUCUGCAUCGCCUAGUGUGCCUAAAGCUUUGGUACAACCAGAUAGCCUAUAUUCCCAUUCAGAUUGGAACCCUUACCAACCUGGAACGGCUGUACCUGAACAGAAACAAGAUCGAGAAGAUCCCCAGCCAACUUUUCUUCUGCCGCAAGUUGCGCUUCCUGGACCUAAGCCACAACAAUCUGACCAGCAUCCAUCCUGACGUGGGCUUCUUACAAAACCUGCAGUACCUUGCUGUGACAGCGAACAGGAUCGAGACUUUGCCCCCUGAGCUGUUCCAGUGUAAGAAGCUGCGAACUCUCAACCUGGGCAACAACUGCUUGCAGACGCUGCCGUCACGCUUUGGAGAACUAACAGGCCUCACCCAGCUGGAGCUGAGGGGGAACCGUCUCGAGUGCCUUCCGGUGGAGCUCGGAGAGUGUCGUCUGUUGAAGAGGAGCGGCUUGGUGGUGGAGGAAGACCUGUUCAACACGCUGCCAUCAGAAGUGAAAGAGCAGCUUUGGAGGGCCGAUAAGGAACAAGCAUGAAGAACGAAGACGAAUCAGAAGAACAGACAGAGAAGCAGAGGUUUUCCUAAACCAGGGUUAGCUUCGUUACAGAUGUUUAAAAGGAAUAGUUGCAGCCUAUUAGUUUGAUACCGGACUCUGCCAAUUUGGAACUGACUCCUCAUUCUUUCUAGGAAGUCUCAUUACUGAGCUCAAGUUCCUUCAAAAAUGUGGUUUUUCCACAUCCUGACCAUAAGGUCCCGGAAACGUCAGCAGAAAGUAUUGAAUAUGCAUGCCAUAGUAGUACUUUUUCUGGAAGAAAAAAAAACAACUUAUUAUAGUUAGACUGUUUUCAAGGACUCAGUCUUGCCAGUGACCUAGAAGUGCUCACCACCACUAUUUUGCUGGUCAAAGGAAAUCUGCACAAGUUGAUCACACUCACAGCAGUGUUGCCUGCCCUUCAUCUGACCUGACAUAUUUGGAGUGUCUCUGCCUUCAUCCACACUUGGUAAAUGAAUCAGUUGAGGCUCAGCUGAUUGCGAAGCACGAGGAUUUGUUGUUUUUGCCGAGCGCUCCACCUGCUUUUUUUAUCCGAGCAGGCCGACGGCGCUCCAGUCACCACAGGCCUCCUGAGGAAACCACUUCAAAGGAGAGCUGUCAGGUAUUCAGUGGGACAAACUACAGCGCUGUCAUUAAUUUAUAACCGCAGCUCCUGUGGCUGUCGUGGAGAAAUCCGCCUUUUUUUUUUCUCUGUUUACUUUGCAGCUGAAUGUCGGCUCAUUUUAUCUCUAAAAAAACGCAGUACUAAUGUGUCUUAAUGGUGAGCAGAAGAGGGCGUCUAUGUCUAUUGGAAUAUUUGGAAAAAAGCAAGUCAAUUUUUUUGAUGUACUUUAAAAUUCGACCACAUUUUUACUUAAACGCAAGUAAAAUAACUACUGACUGAAAAUGCAGCUUACUGUAGAUACACGUUUUAAGGCAUUUUAAGUGACCUUUAAUGAUAUUACCUAGAAUGUUUAAGCCUCCCACCGACUUUUGCUUUAUUAAUAAAAAAGUAAAGACGCUUUCACAAAAGUUAUACAACUCUGUUGUAGCAACUUUCAUGCAGGAUCCUUCUACCCUCCUUAAGCAUGUAGUGAAUGUAUGUGGGAGCUUUGAUCAGAGCAGAAGAUGUCAGACACUGCCAGUUUAAACAAAUAUAUAUCAUUUUCUGACUUUUUUUUUUUUAGACGUGCACUUGCUGUAUAUCAUGUCUGGUUUACCCCCCCAAGAGUUUAUUUUAGGAGAUGCAGCUUAUCUGCGGAAAUCUGCUGUUUGUUUAUUCGCAGCACAAAUGAGCACAAACAGGAAACUGCAGAGUUAGAUCUGGUUUGGACCGGCCUUCUAAAGGGAAAGAUUACUGUGCAGAGUAAGUUUGCCGAAUACGUGAUAUCCAUUAACCAAAUGAGGGCAGUGUGCUUUGUUUGCUUGAAACACUUUUCUUUAUAAGAUCUGGGGUUUAAUAGGAUCAUUUGGAACGGAUCCGCCAUGUUUACUUCUGCCAGGCGUCUCUUGCUGCAAGUAUGGCCUUAGCUUUUACAAGCUAUACCCUGUUAAUGAUCGCAACCGUCAUCGGGCCUUUUUUCUUGUGUUGUAAAAAUGUAUAGCUUCCUUAUUUAAUGUCUUUGUUAAAUGUGCAUCACAUGGUUUUAUUCUUACCAGGUGCUCUUUUGUUUUAGCUUGUUAGGACGUUUAGAGGAGGGCUGAUUGGAAUGGUUUGCACCUCUUUGUUUUUAUUGAGGCCUUGUUUAAGAACAGAUUCCUUUCAGGAGAAAUCUUUUUUAUGCCAAGUAAACAAGUUUAUCGAGAUAAACUGCAGUCCUGUUAAACGCCAAACAGCAUAUGCAAAAGGGUAGCAGCCAAGACAGAGAAGAAAGAAAGAUUUUAGUGCAAUGGUUGUAUUUUAGUUGUUUUGUAUUGACCCAGUAUUGAUUAUAUACUGAACACAAAGUCAACCAAUAAGAAAGGGUUAUGGGAAAAUGCAAAAUACUCGACUAAAUUGUUUCCAGUAGUCGGAGUUACAUUUCUAAAACAAAGUUGUUGUUUUUUUUUUAGUUUUCUGUCUAAACACAUUUCUAAGUCCAGGAAAGUCUUCAGUGAUUCUGUUAGAGAAGCUGGGCUCCAACAUUCUGCACCACAGGAAUUUCAGCCCCCCAAUGACUGAAAUCCAAGGGUAUGGUCUUUUUUAACCUCUAAAGCAGUGGUCCCCAACCUCCAAGCUCCACCGGUGCUGGUCCAUGACAGUCUGCACCGGGACUCAAAGAAAAAAACACAAACACCUUUUUCGUUUUUUAUAAUCUAAUUCUGAAGGAUGUUUUAUUUUGAAAAACUUCUGGAUUCUUCCCACUACAUCCUACUUACAGUGGGGCAAAAAGGUGUUUAUUCAGUCAUCAAUUGUGCAAGUUCUCCUACUUAAAAAGAGGAGGGGGGCAUGUAAUUUUCAUCAUAGGUAUGCCGCAACUAUGAAAGACAAAAAUGAGAGAAAAUCCAGAAAAUCACAUUUUCUGAUUCUUAAAGAAUUAAUUUUUAAAUUACAGUGGAAAAUAAGUACUUGGUCACCUGCAAACAAGCAAGAUUUCUGGUUCUCACAGACCAGUAACUUCUUAACAAAAAUAACAUUUUAUGUAUAUCAUUUGAAUGGUUCCUACAUUAAAUCUAGUAUACAAAUAAAGUUUAAAGCAGCUGAAAAACUAAAGUCACUCGGGUGGCCUCUUCAGGGCUUUCUGGGAAAAUAUUAAAUUGGUGGGUGGCCUGAAAAAGGUUGGGGACCACUUCCCUUCUUUUGAUUUUUAAAGUUACUUUGCCCCCGAAGACAUGAAGUGGUGCCUCAAAAAUCCCCCAAAUUCCUCUUAUACAAUCUCAGAAGAAUAAAAUCUGUCUAACUGCAUCAUAUCAUCGUCAUGGUAACGUGGGUUCGCUGGAUUUAUUGGGGCUCCAAAUCACCAGUUUGUUUCCAAACUUCACUCCUCAGUGUUUUCCUUGCAGCACGGAUCAGAUGGGAAAUGCACACUUUGCACGUAACCCGCUUAACCCUCAUGGGAAAUAUUAACUAUUCACUAGUUGAAAGAAAUUAACCAAUAGUGGAGACUGCAAUGCAUCUUGGAAGCUUGUCGGUCCGAGGUCACGUCCCACUUAGAACCGGGAAUUUCUGGAUCAUGCAAGCUCCCAGGAUUGAUUCCCCUUUUUAGAAACAUGAAUGUCUGCUUCAAUGUUUUUGGUUUUUUUUUCUUAAGUUUGUUUUUCGUUUCCUGAAUUCAGUCAAACCAAGUUCAGCACCUUUUGCUCGCUCUAGUUCUCAAAGCCUUUUGGAAGAAAAAAAUCACAAGGUUUUAAAAAAUAGCUUUAGUUUUGGUAAUAAAUAUGAAUAAUUUAUGAUCAUGGAGCAAAAAUGUUCUGUGGAAGACGCCUUAUUUAAGGUGAUUUCAAGUGUCUGAAGGCCCCACUCACAAAACCAAGUCUCUACCAAAGAUAAAGUGUUUAAAUGUGGUUCUAAAGCUGUUGAGUUUUUUACUUAAUUCUGCAUUUUGCUUUAGUUUUUGUACAGAUUGUGUAACACGAUGCCAGAAAGCCUCACUCCCUCACCACACGGCAGCCAAUCAGACCGUUUAUGUAUUUCCCAGCAGGUACUGCAUUCCAAAAAAUGUGCUCUGAGGUUUUGUUUGGUACAUUAUCACAACCAGUUGUUGAUGUUUUUAUUUGGAGAUGCGUUUAAACUAAAAGGGAACUUAAAUGUCAUGAACUGACGGUAGAAAUUUGUUCAUACAGAUUUGUGCCAAAGUUUGUCAUCGUUUCACUGGGAACUGACUCACAGCUUAGAGAAAGGGCCGGAUUUCCCUUUUUUUUUUUUUUAUCACACGUCAGCCCUGAGUCCCAAUGACUCAUGAGUCAUUCAUCUGAAACUUUGGGUUUAGGACAGUCUGAGGAUUGUUGGAAGCCAUAAAAUGAGAAAUCUAGCACUUUUAUUUCUACAACUCUACAAGUGUGCUGGUUUAUUAUAAACCUACUUUAUUUGUGUUGUUUUUAUAAAGCUUUUUUCUUUUCAAGACAUGUAUGAGGGGUUCAACAGCAGACUGCCUUGUUUUUGUGUUGUUUUAUUUACAGCUGAUCAGGAAUGAGUGACUAUUAUUAUUGUUUGUCAAACAUUCAGGUUAACUAAAGUUUGUUUGUGACAAAGUGCUUCUUUUCAGACAUUAGAGGGAAAGUUGAAAGUGUUGUUGGGUUUGUUUCAAGAAUUCAAAAAUGUUUUUUUUUUUUUUUAAUCAAGCAAAAUUCCUGCUGUUGCUGCCAUGGUUACAAUUAUGUAAAAAAAUGAUUGUAUUGCCUGUUUGGGGGCCUACAGAUUUGGAACUCCCACCUUUUUUUUUUUUAAACUUUAAACCACUGAACCCCCACAGCCAUGAUCUGGUUGCAGACCGCUGUAUCACAUUUUAAGGCCUUCACUCAAUCGUUUUUGCCUCAUACCUGGACACUGGAUUUUUAAGCUUCUGUAUGGAUGGGAUUUUGAUUUCCAAAUGUUCAGACCCUUCUUUUGUACCAUUCUGACACAUGAUAAUAAAGGUAACACUAAACUCUGCUGCAGAGUUGUGUCA